AUGAGGUCGUUCUUGGCCCCCGUGCCAGCCAUACCGAUCAUCCAGGGUGCGCGUUUGUUUUUGUCCCCCCGCCGUCGCCGUGGGAGCUGCUCUUCUACCGGAGGGACCCCCAGCACGCCUUCACCUACCACGAGUUCUGCACGAGUUUCUUUCCGAGACAUGGAUAACAAUUACUGCACGCUCCUGAAGUUCUAUGCUUAUGGUAACACCGGGGUCGGCUCCUUGGGGGUGCGUGGCGAGACGUGGUGCUACGUGUCCGAUAAGUGCACAGACCUGAACGGCGGGAGGACAGCGACUGGGAAGGGUCGGGUGGGGUGA